AUGUCGGAGGCCGAGUCCAAGCGGUUAGCUCGUUCUGAAUACUGGGACGAGCGCUAUGGCCAAGUCGGCCCUGAUGAACAAGUCCAUGAGUGGUUCAGGUCUUUCAACGACCUCGAGUCAUUCCUGGGCCGCAAUCUGUUCCAAGUCCGAGCACCAGAGACGGCUCCACAAAUCCUUCACCUUGGAUCCGGGGACAGCACGAUACCCGAAGAUCUUUGGAGGAAAGGUUACAGGAAUCAAGUUUGCGUCGACUUCUCCACGGUCAUCGUGAACAACAUGUCCAAACAACACGGCCAUCUGGAGGGCAUCACCUGGAUGCACGCCGACGUGCGCCAGCUGGAUCAGAUCCCCUCCGAAUCCGUGGAUGUUGCCUUUGACAAAGGGACGUUGGAUGCCAUGAUACACGGGAGCCCUUGGGACCCCCCCGAUGAGGUUCGGGACAACACUGGCCGUUAUAUCCGGGAGGUCUUUCGUGUCCUCAAGCCCGACUCUGCUUUUCUCUAUGUGACAUACCGCCAGCCUCACCUCAUAAAGCCUCUCCUCAAUUGUGAAGGAGUGGAUUGGGUCAUCACGGUGGACGUCCUAGGUGGUUCGGGCAGCUCCUUCGACUAUCACGGGUUUAUUCUGAAAAAGGCACCGCUGUCGACGCCCGGAGGCGCGAUGGCGUUUGCGACGGUGGUGUUUGCGGUGGUAGUGUCAUCAUGGGUUGUGAGUAGGACCGAAUUCAACUACGAUUGGAAAUCUCCUCUGACCUACCCCGUACUGCCGAAAGCUGACUUCUGCCAUCGCGCUGCUUCUCAACCUGCUCACCUCACGCUCUUCUGCCUCACCCACAGAGAUGCCUUACAACGACCAUUUGUCACGAUUCUGAUCAUGUCCCUAGUCCUGUCCACUGUUGCACUGGUUCUAUUCGGGCAUUACCUCGGCCUGCGCACACACAACACUGCGCUGCGGCCUCAACACCUGUUAGACGGGGCUCAACCUCUGGGACGGGUAGCUCGGCGUCAUGAAGUAUCAGCACCGUCGAGAGAGCUGUCCUCAAGCCGAGAUGGCGAACAGGAAGAUAGCCGUCGUUGGAAUGAUGAAAACAUGCUUGAGCAGGAGAUACUGCUGAACCUGUUGAGGAAGAGUAUCUGGUGUGAGACUACAAACAAGGGCGAAGAGUCCGAAGAUUACUUUGCCUGGUCGCCACCCUCAAGCCAAUCCAUGAAUUCAUUCGCUCCCUCAUCGAUGCCAACGGUUACCAUCUUUCUCAUCCAUCGGCCCGAGGGGGACUGCAACAGGCUUAGCAAAUCUUUCAGCGGGGUCCUUCAAAGGGCGGAAUACACAGUCGACGACGGCUUGAAGAGGCAGCUACAAAGAUGUAAUCAACGUUCGGCCGACACCAGAUCGAGUUCAUAA